GGAAGGAGUCGCUUCCCCACGUGCUCUAAGCCUUCCCGUCCUUUUUCUUUCCGGAAAAGACGCGCGUCCUGCUUUGCCAUGAAGGAAGCGGGCGGUUGGACGUUGCGGGGAGGGUUGGUGGGCUUGGCGGCGGCGGCGGGGGUCGCCUACGGCCUUUACCGGGCGGCUUCCCGGAGGAGCGGAGGAGCCUCCCCGGGGCCGAGGGAUUUGGAAGGAGAGCCGGGUCUCCACGGUGGGGGAGAAGCCUCGGGGUCUGCCGGGUUGCCUAGCCCCCUCCCGGCACCUUUGGGGGGCUUCCCGCAAGGGGGCAGUGAUGGUUCAAAAUCCUCCCAUGGCGUUCUUGAAGCCCAUCACAUUAAGAGUCUUCUUCAUCUGCUGGAGUCUACAGAGGAUUCUUUGGUUCAAGAACAGAUCUUGGUUACCUUGAGCAACAGCGCGGCUUUCUCCGUAAAUCAAAAUAUCAUUCGAAAUUUAGGUGGCCUCUCUCUGAUUGGACAAAUGCUUUCCGUUCCCGUCACCGAUGUUAAACAGAAAGCACUUAAUGCCCUCAAUAACUUGAGUAUGAAUACUAAAAAUCAGGAGGAACUGAAGAACUACAUUACCAAAGUGUGCGAGGAAGUUGACGCCUCUCCUGUAAACUCCGAAUUGCAGUUAGCCGGCCUUCGGUUUUUAACCAACAUAUCCGUGACAAAUGACUAUCAUUCCAUGAUGACUAGCUUCGUACCCAAUUUUCUGCACUUGCUGUUUGACGGAAAUGAAAGGACUCAGGUUCAAGUCCUGAAAGUACUUGUGAACUUAUCGGCAAACCCAGCAAUGGCGGAUCAGCUACUUAAUUCACAGGCGCCUCUUCUCCUAUCUCUGUUUGACAGCUGCAUAAACAAAGAUAUUUUGCUCAGAGUUCUUGUGUUCGCCACGAACUUGACAAAGUCCAUGAGACACAUCAAGGAUUCUGCUAGCCAGAAUCGGUACAAUGAAGAGUCAAUAUUUUCUACUCUUUCCGACAAUUCUCUCUAUACUCAAAAACUGGCAUCUCUGUUGCAUCAUUACGAUGCAGAGGUUAAAGAGCAAGUUGCAAAACUAAUAAUGCAGCAGUGCUGAGCUCAAGACAUCCGUCUCAAAUCAUUCCAUCUUCAAAAUCCUGAAU